CUUGAAGUGCACCACCGCAAUGGAGAUCUCCCUUGCAACCUUUCACGCUCAUCACGUCGGUCAGUUGGCGAUUUGCGGUCGGAAGAAUUGAAGUUAAGCAUGUUGCGCAAGGCCUCGGCGGACGUUGUGGUGGUCGGUGCAGGAGUGGCAGGCUGCUCGGCGUUCUACCACUUGGCACGUCUGAAUGCUCGCAAUCGUGGCUUCAAGGCACUGCUGGUGGAUGCCCUACCUCCGUUGUCGCUUACCAGUGCGAACGGUUCUUUCAGCUACCGCAACUGGUUCCCUAGUGAUGCUGAGACGCCUAUGAGGGAGCUCGUGGUGCACUCGAUCGACGAGAUGGACAACAUCUGCAAGCAAACCAACAAUGCUCUGGGCUUGAACCGCAACGGAUAUCUGUUCGUGACCCAGGAUGCCGGGAAGAUGGAGGAACUCAAGCGGUUAGCAAAGAACCUAGAGCGUCAUGGAGGCGGAGAGCUGCGCGUACAUGAGCCAAAUGACAAGCUCAGUGGCUACCGGUUCUCCACCGAGGAGAUGCAGUACGAUCUGGACGGCAGUGAUCUACUCGUGGGCAUCGAUAACGUUGCGGCAGCCUUCCCCAAUCUCAAGGAUUCUUUCGCUUUAGCAGCGUUGCAUGUGCGUCGUUGUGGAUCUCUGAACCCUGUUAAAGUAGCCAACUAUGAGCUUAACAAGGCAGUCGAGUACUGUCCGAAAGCCGAAGUGCUACAGGGCAAAGUCACUGAUUUUGCGGCUACUGGUGGCAAUGUGAGUGGCGUUAAAGUGGCGAUGCAUAAUGGAGAUACACUGGAAGUGGCGACUCCUAAGGUGGUGUUUGCAACGGGUCCGUUGUUCGAGAGUACGCUGGAAAUGCUAAAGCAAAGGGACAUGUCGAGCUUUGACGUGCCUAUUAUCAAUGAACUGCACUGCCGAGCUAUCGUCGACGAUGUUGAUCGUGUGCUACCUCCUACAAUGCCGUUGACAUUCGAUUCGGACCCGAUGGGCAAGCUCGAGAUUUCGGAUGAAGACCGUAAAGAAAUCAUGGCGGAUCCAUCAGCUGCUCGGAUGUUGAAGGAAUACCCCGGAGGAGUUCAUGUGCGUCCGUAUAAUGGGGAUAAGAUGAUGGCAGUCUGGACGUACGAUAUCGAGCCCGUGCCAGCGCACUACCCAGUUGAAGACAUUUUGGACAGGAGAUUCCCCGAAGUCUGUGUUCGCGGGCUUACGAGGAUGUUCCCUCAAGUAAAGUCGUAUCUGACGCGACCUGAAGUGCGGGACUCGUUCUACGUCAGUGGUGGCUACUACUGCAAGACGCUGGACAACCUGCCACUAAUCGGACCAGCACCAAACACCGUCGGUGGCGUGUUCUUACAGUCUGCAAUGAGUGGAGUUGGCCUCAUGUCUAGCGCAGCGUCGGGACACUUGCUUGCCACACACGUCAUGGGCGAGAAGUUGGAAGGAUGUGGCCUCGCUAACCAUGUGGACGCAUUCCUACCCAGUCGGUUCGAGGACCAAGCAUAUCUGGACUUCCUCAGCGACGGAGGUGGUGCCGCAUGUGGGCAAGUGUGACCGUUCUACAAAAAACACGAAGCGAGUCAAAGUGGUUGAGUGGGAAAGUAACACGUAGCGCAAAUGAAGUCAACUA